UUCUGAUGCGCUUUGCAAAAUUCAGCGCAGGUGGUUGGACCAGUUUGUUCUCUGGCUGGACCCAAAGAGUAUAAAAGGCAGAAGACAUGAGGAGUGCUUUCCAUCCAGACUGAGCUGAAUCCCUCCAGACCACCAGCAGGACCAGCCUAAAAGAGUCAACAUGAAGCUCGAGUUGGUGCUGAUGCUGGCUGUGGCGGCGCUGGCGCCCAGCCUCUCCGACAGCAGGAUCGUCUCCGUGUGUGAGCUGAAAGAUAAGCUGGGCCAGGCCAUCCCCCACAGUGGAAAACCACAAAAACAUGAACUGAAGCUGGCCAGAAUCGUCUGUGAGCUGAAGAGGAUGUCCAACCUGAACACCAGCCUGGUAAUAGGAGAAGGGAACCGCCAGCCCAAGACCACAAACAAACCACUGACUAGUCCACGUGCAACAGGAGGCACUCACGGACCUGCUGGCACUGUCGCACCGACUCCGUUUGCAGCUGAUAACAGCACCGCUGCUGCGACUGGGGCUGCUUCAGCUACUACUGCAAGUGUUACUGCGUCAGCGCCAGUGUCCACCAAUGCAACCACACCAUCUGGUAUCGUGAGACAGAAAAGGUCCGCCAAAAACAGGUCCGGGUCAGGAAACAAAGAGAAGAACAGGGAUGACUCAGAGGAGAAAGAAAAAGAAGAAGACAGCAGCCAAGAGCAGGAAGACUCCUCUGAUGAUGACGACGAUGAUGAUUCUGAAGAGGGCACCUACGGGAUCUUCCAGCUGAGUGACGGCCAUGCCUGUGAGUCCGGCUAUCGCCCGUCUAGAAAUCAGUGUCGUACUGACUGCUCAGCUUUCACCGAUGACGACAUCGAGGAUGACAUCAAGUGUUUUGUGGGGCGAGGCUAUUGGAGGAGUGUCCUAGAGGAAGUCUCUGGCCAGUGUGGUAAUCCAGGGAACAUCUUCAGCCAGUGCAGCUGAGUACCUGGCAACCCGUGUUCUACCGGCUGUUUUCCUCCCGGUGGUUCAUCGCCUGAUUUCUCUGUGAUUUCUGUAUUAACCCCAUGCUCGUGGGAGGGAAUCAUACAUUUAUCACAUUAAAGUCAUUUAAAAAUA